UAACAUCAUUCAAGUUAAUGAAUGUGGAUGAUCACUGCAAGACCAGUCACGCCAAAGCUCCUCGUGUUAAACAUAAUGUGAUCGCACUGAGUGAAGCAUUCGAUUACUGGCACUGGGCAUGGUCAGCGCAUAAUUAGAAGGGACGUUCUGAAGCAAGUAUAGCGGACCUGCUACACGCACACACUCACACACACGCACGACCGUCGGAGACAGAAGACAACCCUAUGUGCUUCACUCAUAUUGCCACUGAGUAGACCACUUGUAGAGAAAAGCAUACGUCUUUUCUGUUAUUAACAGGUUAUCUUGAAAAGUAUCGUUCAGUUUUGCAGUAUAUUUUAAUUCAAUUUAAAAACUGACACUGUGGACUGGACGAACAAAACUGAGUACAACUGAACAGCGCCUUCCUUGGACUCGUAAGGAGUAUUUUGGAUAUAACGCAGCGGUACAGUGGUGUUUAAUUGGCGCUCUGGAAUAAUGGAUUCGUAAAAUAAUAAUAAUUAUAAUUAUAAUAAUAAAAGACAGUGUUAGGUGAUGGGAAACUUCUUCAGACAUUUCCCGGGAUUGGAUCAGUGUUCUCUCAACAGCUUUAUCAUGAUCUUUUGGGGAUUUGUGUUUCAUGUAUGUAUUUCUGGCAGCCUGCAGGCGGGUCACAAUGGGUUCCAUCACGACUGCGUGGAGGCAGAGCGGCUCUGUGUGUCUGAUAGCAUGUGCAACAGCAGUUACCGGGUGCUGGAGUACUGCGCGGCUGAGGAGGCAGUCUCUCCCCUCGGCCCGGAGGCCAGGAAGGAGUGCGUGACUGCCGAGGCCGCUCUGGCCCAAAGUCCCCUGCUUCGUUGUAAAUGUCACCGUGGAAACAGGAGGGAGGAGCACUGCCUCACAGUGUACUGGACAGUCCGCUUCUCAAACAGUUAUUAUGAGUUGGAGUCCUCUCCCUAUGAAGAUCUAGAAACAGACCAGAUGUGGGCCAUUCAGAACUCCAGACUAGCAGCAAUUGUUUCAGGCUCCAGUAUUGUGACGGAAUGGGAUAACCCGUGUCUGGAGGCUGCACAGGCCUGCGGUCUGUAUGAGAAGUGUGGAAACCUGCGUUCUGAGUACGUGCUGGCCUGCACCAAGCGGGUCAGCGGCACUGACACCUGCAACCGGCAGAAGUGUCACAAAGCUCUCCGGCGCUUCCUGGACCGCGUGCCCGAGGAGUACAGCUUUGCCGUUCUCUUCUGCCAGUGCAGCAACGCCCUGUGUGGAGAGCGCCGCCGCAUGGCCAUCGUGCCCUCCUGCUCCUUCGAGGAGAAGGAGAAACCCAACUGUCUCUACCUGCAGCAGAUCUGCUUGAAGGACGAGCUGUGCAAGUCCAGGCUGGCUGAUUUUCAUUCCAAAUGUCAGCCGUCCCCAAUCUCCACAACAGGCUGUCUGAGAGAGAACGGAGCCGCCUGUCUCAAGUCUUACUCAGGACUGAUCGGAACCAUCAUGACCCCAAACUACCAGAGCAACAGCAGCUCUGAGGUGUCUCAGUGGUGCUCCUGUGAGGGGAGUGGCAACAAGCAGCAGGAGUGUGACAAGAUCCUUACGAUGUUCACCCAGAACAUCUGCCUUGUGAAUUCCAUUGGCGCUCUGACCAGCACAGCUCAAUACGCACUAGAGGGCACCCAGCCCUCGGUGAGACCCUCUCAGCACUACCAGCACGAUGAUGGCAACGCUAUAGUCGAGAUAGGAAAGGUAGACAAGAGUGAAGGCAACCAGGAAAGCUUUGAAGGAAUUCAGCUUAUUUCGGAGAAAGCCACGGCGUCUAACGUCCAGUCAGGAGCGGGGCAGCUCUGGCUGUCAGGAACGCUGGUUCUUUGCACUUUGCUGCUCCAGGGAGCUCUCCUGCUCCUGUGGCUGUGAAGAGGAGGAGCCAGAAAAUGGACCCAACCCUUACAAAUAAGAACAUUCUGCACUUUUCAGAAUCGGGGAAUUCUUCUCCCAGCCCCUCCCCCCUUCCUGCCUUCCUCCUCCAACCACAUUGGCACAGCAACACUUUAAAAUAGUGGUUGCAAAUCCACAGGAAUGCCAUUGGAUUAGCUGUUAUGCCAAUGGCAAUCCAUUGAAAUCAAUGCAAUUGUGUGGCCUUUGUUUUAUCACAUGGCUCCAACAAAAUAAUCAACCAAAAUAAAUGUAAUUUCACAAAUAAACCUGAUCUACAGUGUGGAGUAUGGCCCACUGUGUUGUAAUCAUGGUAGAAAUGGUUGUGUGUGUUGUUUUAUAUUUUUUUCAGGGGGUCCCCUUACAAGUUUAAAAAGUAAGAAAGUAAAAACAGUAACCGUUGCAGUACAGAACAGAGCCGGCAGUCUUUGUGAGCUGCUUGCUGGAGCCAUCGGAAGGUUAAAAAGCAGAUCAAUUGUGAGGCUGUCAAACAUCAUCAUAAUGGGUUUCUUCCUGGUGAUAGAGCAGAUGUAAGAGACUGGUUUCCAAGAUGAAUGAUGGGUUACUUUGAAUGUUCCCUACCUCCUGGAAGAGCUACCAUUAUAUUUCAUUUGCUUACAUUAUAUUAAACUAAAGGACAGCUUGCAGCUGCUGAAUUUGUGUUUCAAGGCAGAAUUUAGUUGUGUGAUUAUUACACAUGUUCAGACCUUUACCAUUUUGAUUAUCCGUACUGUUUUUGUUGUUAAAAGGACAUCUUGUCAAUGACUACCAGGGACUAUAUAAUCAUGCAGCAUCCUCCUGCCAGUAAAUACAUUGAAGUGCUGUGCAUUUACUGCCCCGUGUUAAAAGAGGGACGGUUGUUGCAGCUAUGCCUUUCAUCCUCACCCGAUUAGACGGUUUAGCCAAACAAAUUCAGCAGUGCAAUGAGUUUCUUUACAGUUUUGCUUGUGAUCAGCAGCAAAUCAGAGAGGUGUUUUUCCUGCAAUAUAAUACAUAGCAGUAUAUGUACUCAAUGUAUCCACCCCCCUACUUUCCCUUUGUAGUUCCCCUACAGAUUAUUGCAGAAGCACAUGCCAGCCGUUCAUACUGAUAUUGCUAAACAGGUGAUGUAUGGUCCUGCAGGUACUGUACCCAUAUUCUCUAAUGAAGCAAAUCAACGUGUUUGUGUAAGAGAAUGAGGUUUCGGAAUGUGCUGAACUAAAAGGUAUUGCGUAGGGUGCUGAAGAAAUGAUGCAUUAAAUUAAUGCACAAGUGUAUUGAGACUGGUUAGAAAGACUUUUAUGGAAAUGGAUAGUGUUGUUUUUAGGUUUUAAAAAAAAAAAGUUGCAUGCACAAGCUUGUGAAGUCCCCACUUCUGCAUUUCUUGCAAUUGUGCUUUGGGUCUGUAAAUUUGUAAUCUAAUUUAAACUGUAUCCGCGACACCUUUCCAAACUCUAUGUUGUACUCAGACAAUUGCUGUAUUUUUGUAAAUAUACUGCAUAUAUCCCGCUAACAUUUUAAUGUAACAAUAAGCUAAAUUUGGAACAGGCUAAUGAAAAGGAGUAUUCUGCUCUUUUAGUUUCUCUUUGUUGUUAAGUACUUGCAUUUAGAUUGUGUCUGUUUUGUUUUAUAAGUGUAGGAAAUAACACCAUCAAUAAAAAUAAACUACAUUUA